AAGCAGCUCCGCGUCCCUGAAGAUAGAGAUGAAGCCGCCAUUUAAAGUAGUUCCAGUUUGAUCAAACUUGUGUUCAGUCUGCUUGACGUUUACUCCGCCAACAUGCAGCCCGACCCGUCCCUCCUUAAGAAUGACGUCACGUUAUCUCCACCAAUCACCUCCAGGUUUUAUCCCGCAGCUUGUAUAUACCGGAGCAGCCGGCGAAAGUUUCCCCACUGCGUCUGUUUGUCCUGCAGGUGAAGGUGCAGUGAGUUCCGCACAGCUCAGUCACAACCUAUAAAUAUAAAAGACUUAUUAGGCACUGACUGCAGCCUUCUUCUCCAAGUCUCUUGGUUCCUGUUCGGACAGUCUCGGUCAUGAAGCUUCUGCUUCUUUCGUGCGUAACGGCGGUGCUCGCCUCCCCCUGCCUGCUGUCCGAGGCGCGCGUCGCCAAGCGCUUCGCCAUCGACUGUCCGGAGAGAUGCGACAAGUCCCAGUGCCCGCAGAUCCCCGCGGACUGCCUGGCCGGCGACGUGCUGGACAGCUGCAACUGCUGCCCGGUGUGCGCGUCCGGCGAAGGCGAGCAGUGUGGCGGCCCCGGCGACCAGGACUGCGCAGAGGGCAUGGAGUGCGUGGUGACCGACGGCGUGGAGGCGUCCGCCACCGUGAGGCGGAGGGGCAAGUCCGGCGUGUGCGUGUGCAGCAGCGCCGAGCCGGUGUGCGGCAGCGACGGCGUGUCCUACCGGAACAUCUGCGAGCUGAAGCGCGUCAGCAACCGGGCCACGAAGCUGCAGCAGCCGCCGGUCAUCUUCAUCCAGCGAGGAGCCUGCGGGAAGGCUCAGCUGAACCUCGACAGUCUGAGGCACAAAUACAACUUCAUCGCCGACGUGGUGGAGAAAAUCGCUCCCGCCGUCGUUCACAUUGAACUCUUCCGCAAGAUGAUAUUUUCUAAGAGGGAGGUAGCCGUCGCCAGCGGCUCUGGUUUUGUUGUUUCUGAAGACGGGCUGAUCGUCACCAACGCCCACGUGGUUGCCAAUAAGCACAGAGUAAAGGUGGAGCUGAAGAGCGGCGCCACCUAUGACGCUAAGAUCAAAGAUAUCGACGAGAAGGCCGACAUCGCCCUCAUCAAGAUCGACGUACCGACGAAGCUGCCCGUGCUGCUCCUUGGCCGCUCUGCGGACCUCCGCCCCGGAGAGUUCGUGGUCGCCAUCGGCAGCCCGUUCUCCCUGCAGAACACCGUCACCACCGGGAUCGUCAGCACCACCCAGAGAGGGGGCAAGGAGCUGGGCCUCCGCAAUUCAGACAUGGAUUACAUCCAGACGGACGCCAUUAUCAACUACGGAAACUCAGGAGGGCCAUUGGUCAAUCUGGACGGGGAGGUGAUCGGCAUCAACACUCUGAAGGUCACUGCCGGGAUCUCCUUCGCCAUCCCAUCGGACAAGAUCAGACAGUUCCUGGCGGAGUCACACGACCGGCAGGCCAAAGGGAAAACAUUACCAAAGAAGAAAUACAUCGGUGUCAGAAUGAUGAGUCUCACUCCGUCGCUGGCAAAGGAGCUGAAGGAGAGGCAUUCGGACUUCCCCGACGUCACUUCAGGGGCGUACGUCAUCGAAGUCAUCAGCCGAACUCCAGCUGAGGCGGCUGGCCUGAAGGAGACGGACGUCAUCAUCAGCAUCAACGGGGAUCCCGUUGCCUCGGCCACCGACGUCAGCAACGCCAUAAAGCGGGACGACAAGCUGCGGACGGUGGUGAGGCGGGGAAACGAGGACGUCAUCCUAACCGUCAUCCCCGAGGAGAUUGACCCUUGACCUCUCAGCUGACAGAGCAGCCAAUCAGCGUGAGAGCCGAAGCAGUCAACCAAUCGCGAGCUGGCUCUCGGAGCUUCUCGACCAGUCAUGAACACUUUGAAUGAAACGAGGAUCCAUUGGAGACUGUGUGUGUGUGUGUGUGUGUGUGUGUGAGGCUGCGGCUGUAGAACUUCCCUUUUUCUCUAAAUCCCUUCUCCCACUCUGAGAGGCUCAUUACUCCUCAGACUGAAGCUUCACAACGUCAUGUUAGCCCUUUUACUAAUCUCCAUUUACCUUCCGUCAUCUCUCAUCUUCUAUAGCCUAACACCUGUUGUACAGAGGUUACUUCAGGUCACCGUAGUUCACCAUGUAUAUUCAUGUUCACGAGGGAAUAUUUUGUUAAAGUGUUUUCUCUUUGUGUUUGAUGACAAUGUUGUCAAAACGGAGAAUAAAAUUAUUUUUGAAAAAAAAUAAAAUAAAAUGUUCUCGCAGCAUUCUGAUUUCAGCAAUUUGCUGGUAAAGGUGUGUAAAAAUGCGGCGUGUAGAUUUAGCAGACAGCUGGUUUUCACAAUCGCUGAACAUUUAGAAAGAGAGAUGUUACAAAACGCAGGCAAAAUAUUUCCAUUCUUAUUUUGUGACGUCUAAUUUGGAAAUGUGUCCUCAAAGGCCUUGUAGAUUACUGAUUUUUUUAUUUAUUAUUUGGCUAAAUGAUUUUUCCAUUUUGGGCUGCACAGUGGCGCAGUUGGUAGAGCUGUUGCCUUGCAGCAAGAAGGUCCUGGGUUCGAUUCCCGGCCCGGGGAUCUUUCUGCAUGGAGUUUGCAUGUUCUCCCUGUGCAUGGUGGGUUUUCUCGUCACAGUCCAAAAACAUGACUGUCAGGUUAAUUGGUCUCUAUAAAAUCCUCCCUAGGUGUGAGUGUGUGUGUGUGUGUGAAUGGUUGUUUGUCUGUGUUGCCCUGUGACAGACUGGCGACCUGUCCCGGGUGCACAGAAAAUGGAUGGAGCUCUAGUGAUGUCAUUUCCCCUGUCCUCUUCCUUUCACUGCUCUGUAUCUUAUCAAUCUCUCAAUAGCAGCUCUUGUUGCUCCACAAAGUCCCGAAACUCUAGAAAUGGCUUUUUUCCAGAUUGAUAGAAAAUGUCAUCUGUUCUUGAAUUUCUUUAGAUUGAUGAUGGUUAAGUUCAAGUGUUUUCUGAUGUAAAUCUCACUCGGCCCGAGUGUUGGCAGUGAAACUGAACUCAGUUUUCCAUAAAUGUAAUUACGAUUAAACAAGGGAGGCAGUUACUUCUUAAUUAAACAAUGUUGGUUUUGGAUUACUUUUUAUUCCUUGAAUGAAUAUGCAAUUAACUACAUUUUGCAUCAACUGAUCUUUGCCUGAUAUUGAAAUGUCAUGAUGCAGAACACAGACAAGUGACGACGAAAAAGCAAAAACUGUAUACAUGCCUGUAUUUCUGACUGCAAACCAUUUAAAACCAUUAAAAAUGGGUUUGUUUUUGCUAGUUUCUAA